AUGGUGAUGAUAUCGAAAAACCCUAACAUUCCCAAUCUCGGUCGUUGCGUCUGCAAGUUCUGGAAAUUUAUUCAUAAAUUAGCCGGAAAACAAUUUAAGCGGUCAAGAAAAACCAGCACGAGGUCAGAUACUUCAUCAUCAACAAACCCUAAUGAUUCACUUCCGACUCUUCCUUUUGAUAUCAUAACAACAAACCCUUAUGAUUCACUUCCGACUCUUCCUUUUGAUAUCAUAACAGAAAUACUCUCUAGGCUACCCGUCAAACUUGUUCUCCAACUCCGAUGUGUCUCCAAAUCAUGGAAUUCUCUAAUUUCUCAUGAUCCCAGCUUCGCCAAAAAGCAACUUACCCAUUCAACCACGCACUCCGUCUACUCUUUAGACUUCAAUGAUCCAUGCUUUCUCACUAUUUAUCCACCCAACUUCUUUUUCGACACCACCUUAUCCACCAACCGCCUCUUUUGUCCUGCAAAAAAUCGUAACAAUCCUAGUUGGGAAAAGGAAAUUGUUGGCUCUUGCAAUGGCAUCCUCUGUCUUGCAUAUAAGGAAUUCAUUCUAUUAUGGAACCCUUCCAUUCAAAAAGCUUUAAGAAAACUCCAUAAAAUUGGCCUACAUGAGGAACAUAUUGUAGCUUUUACUUUGCCUACAUUGAAAGGAAAUAUAGCAAUAGAUUUCUUUCAUGAAUUUGCUGGAUUUAAGUGGCUGAAGGACAAACCUCUCUUGAAGUUUGAUCAGAAGGGUGAAGAAGAGGAACUUCUUAAAGUUGCCUUAUGA